AUGUUUUGUCAGGCAGCUCGUGAACAAGUUUAUGGUUCUCGUUAUCAAUGGAUUAUUCUUGGUUAUCCAUCAUUAUCAACUUGGUGGAAUGAACCAACUGAUUGUUCAAUCCAAGAAAUAAUUCGUGUAAUUAAUGGUACAUUACAAACACGUCUACCACCUUUAUCUAUUGAUGAUAAUGAAAUAUUUUUUAAAAAAUCUUAUUGA